CGGCGUUCGCGUGCUGACGCCGGCUGUCGCCCGGCAACGGGAAAGAUACACGGAGCGCGAGGGAAGGCGUGGCUCCGCUCGCUGGCAGCGAUAGGGCGGGGGAAACAUCUCCUCCGGGGCUGAUCGGGCACCCGGCCUCAAUGAAAAUGCUCCACUUGGACGCGGUGGGUGAAGUCAGCGAGUUUAACAUCUGUUCCACCCCCAGCUACUCCUGCCUGGCUGGCGGCUGCUCGGUCUCGUCCUGCGGUUCGUGUUACGCCUGCAUCCUCCAAAUGAAACUCGUCGCCUCCAAGCAGUGGUUCCUCCGGGCUGGCGACCUCUCCAAGCAGCUGUUUUUAAAAGGGCUGAUCCGGAGGAUUGGCAGCAGGGACCUCUUGCAGCAAGUGGACAGACUCCUGCAGCCAACGUUUGGCAAAGAUUUCACCCACUCUCGCUCGUGUGCUAACCCAAGCCUUCCAGGGGACCUCAGUACGCAGAGCUCGGACCGCAGCUUGAACAAAUCCGCUCUACGCGAAUAUAUCUCCGACACUUGGGAAUGGUUUGCAAAUAGCAGAUACUGGACAAAAGCAAACUACAUUCUGGGAUUACUCCAGUUGUGUGAUGUCAAACUACUUCACCUUCUAGCUAAUCUGGUUCGCGCUCUGAUACUCAGUGAGAGAAUGCCCGACUCCCCUGUAACGAAAGAUAGGGUUAAGGAUGAAGAUACUGUCUUACUGAAUGAAUCAAGAUACAGUUUUAAAAUAGAUGAACACCCAGAACUGCAGGAACUGGUUGAUAUUUGGCCUCAGUUUACUGUUGUCACUCCUGAUAUAAUGCCUCGUAGCUUCCGCAGUCAACCCAAAGAAGUUGUUGAUCAUAAUCAACCAGCAAAGAAGAGAUUGGCGAAAAAGAAGAUGUAUUCGCUGAAUGAACCACAGGAUGUUUCCACUGAAACUGAAUCUUCAAUUCCAUUGGUUAUAACCUCUUCUUUUCAGGCAACGUCAGGGGUCAGCAAUUAUAAGGACUUUCUCCGCUGCCUUCCUGUUCAUCUCGCAAAAUACAUUCUUGGUUUACUAGAUGAUGAAUCUUUCCAAAAUUGCAUGCUUGUGUCAAAACACUGGCAAUAUUUGGCAAAGGAGUUGUCUAGAGAUCUGUUGGCCCUUCACUGCAUUUUUGAUGAAGUCUUAAAAUUACAGCAAUUAGGCAACAUCACAAAAAAGAAAACAGUGGAAAGUAUAAAGAAAAUAAUGAACCAGAAAAUGAAAGGUAAAAGAGGAGAGACAAUGAGAAAGAGAAAAGGGAAUAAACAGGAAACAGACCUAGAAAUAUGCAUCAGGCAACUUGAGAAUAAAGACGUACGCCUGAACAGGAGAAAGCUGAAGAACAUUUCAGACAGCAGAGGACCACAGGAAAUUGUACCUCAGAAUGUAAGUGCGGUAUAUGCAAAAAUUUGUCACGUUCCAGUGCCAAGAGUAGAUGAAAAUGGACUCACCAUACCAAUGAAGAAUUUUGAUAAAAUGACUGGAUUAACAGCAGCAUAUACUGACAUCGACACUGAUGUGAUACAAAUGGAGGAGAGAAAUGUCUACUGUGGUCCUUAUAAUAUAAAAGUCAUCAAACAGCAGACUGAUCCCAGCAGGGUAAUCCACUACAAUGGUGGAACAAUGAUAGCCAGUGGCUCAUCAGACAGAAAAAUACGAUUUUUGGAUAUCAGUCGUUCCAAAGACAUUACCAAUGUCAUACAGGGGCAUGCGGGAAGCAUCAAGGCACUCUUUCUAUGUGAGGAGCACAAUUUUGUCCUUAGUGGAAGUUUUGACCUCAGCAUCAGACGGUGGAACCUGAUGACAGGGUCGUGUAUGACCAUAUACCGUGGUCACAUGGGAUAUAUAACCUCUCUUGAACUGCACAAGGACAGGCUUGUAUCAGGGGCAAUGGACUGUCUGACCAAAGUAUGGGACCUCGAGCAAGGAAAAUGCCUGUCAAGCCUCAGGCAUAAUAAGCCAGUUCUGUCUGUGGCUAUUAGUGAGAAGAAUGUGAUAAGCGGCUGUGAGAAUGGAGAAAUCUACAUCUGGAACCUCGAAUCAAACUCAAUAGCUAAGAUUCUGAGUGGUCACCAGGGCCCAGUCACGUGUUUGUCUUUCGACCAAUGGCACUUGGUUAGUGGGAGCAAAGAUGAAACUGUUAAGGCCUGGAGUAUGAUUGGCAAAUUUAAUAAAUGUUUAUUGACAUUCAGGCAUCCAAGGGAGGUACUCUGUCUGCAUCAUCUUUACCUACGGGUACUCAGCAGCUGCAGUGAUGGGAAGAUCAGAAUUUUUGACCUGUACCGUGGCACCUGUCUAAGAGUGAUGAGAGCAAGUGGCCGUGGUGAUCCCGUGCUUUCCUUUCACCUUUCUGAAAAGAGCAUUGUAAUAAACACUGUUGCUGCUGUGAUCGCAUUUCGCUUUGAGGAUGUCACGUGGGAUUACGCAGCACCAUCGUCAAUCAUCGAAAGUCCAGCACAAGAAGACUUAUUUAAAAUGGCACCAUUGAGGAAACAGCCACACAGUUAUGUUCGUGCUCAGCGCAUGAGAAGAAUUGGUUCUACCAAUGAAAAGAUCUAUCAUAGACAGGAGUAUAUCACACAACAGGGUCUGUCCCAUCAUACACGCUUAAUGUCAAGCCGAUGUAUGCAACUGGCACAAAGAAUUCAGUCAGAUUCUAUGAAGGUUCCAAACUUGAGGGAAUUUCAGUACUACGGUCCAGAAUCAAUGCUUGUUAACCAGAAAUCAGAAUUUCUAUCCAAACAAUCACCAACUGGUUGUGUGUCCAUUGGCCCAGAAGUGUUCUCUCAAGGAAGAAUAAGUGAUUAUACACUGUCCAGCAGUGGUUAUGAUAAAAGGACUGAUUCGUUGUCAAGAGCUUCGAGGUUUCGAUAUGCAAGUGAGCAAGAUAUUUUAAAGCAGAUUAAAAAAAACAGGCUGUCUAGGCCAAGAACCUCAGAGAAGAUCUACCUGACUGUCAGUACUAUUCACAACAGCACUGGAUCUAGUGAAACAGAAAUAAACACUGUCAAUAAUAUUUCACUCUCUGUUGAUUGGGGUCAGCACCAAUGUCCUUUGAAAGAUAUGGAGAGAAGAUUUAUUGCUAAAAAGCACGCAGUUCAAAGCGGUAAAAUAAUUGAGAAGGACACUGAAUCAACUGAAGAGUAUGUUGAUAUCCAACCCGCUCUUCCCAGUUUUGAUUUUAAAAAGCAAAAACCUAUGCAGAACUUUGCACUUCAAUCCCCCAACACAAAGUGCUUUGCAAUAAAGCCAAUGAUUAAACGAUCAAAAUCCACUCUAGGGUUUGUAGAGCCUGUCCAAUCUUUCAGUCAAAAGAAAAGGCCACAAACUGCAUUUGAAGACAUAAUCAAGAAAAACAAAGUAUCAAAUGAUGCAAAAGAAAGAAAUCAACUCAGCGGCUUCUUGGUUCCAGUUUCUACAAUACCCUCGGUAGCUGCAAAACCGAAGUCUGAACAGAGUGUAAACAUUAACCCAUUUCGAAAUAGGAGUGGCUUCAAACUUCGGACGCUGAAACAACGAAAAGAAUAUGAGGAAGAAAUAAUUGCAGAACAGAAUAUGAACCGACAAAGACUAGAACAGGAAAAAAGAAUAGCUAAUCUGAAGGCAAUAAAGAAACGUUCUUGAAUUUGGACAGAACUUGCCUACAGACCAUAGACAGAAUACAGCAGAUAAAGUAAUACAGUAAUUGAGCAGAAACCUUUUGCAAGAUGCAAGUGUAACAUUAUAAAUGUCAUUUUUUUCUGUCCCUUUUCAUAUAGGUUAUUUUAAAAGUUGACAAAGUAAAUAAAUCUGUAAAGAUUUGAAAAAAAAAUGAAGGCAGGAUAAUUUGUUGUGAUAAAGGAUGAGCCGGUUUGUAUUAUGAAGAAAUAGCUGAAAAAACAUGAUUUGUCAGUAAUGAAUGGGAAGUUUACAUGCCUCUGCUUGUAUAUCCUUUCUGACUGCAUGGAAACCAGCUAUCAUGCGCAUGGACACAGUAAUGUGGGAUCAUCUCAAAAUUCAUAUUCUGAAUAGUCAUUAAGUAAUAAUUAGUUCCUACUGUUUCAAUUGGCAUUGUAAUGAUAAGAUGGAUGAUAACUACAAUGAUUUGAUAUUGCUUAUAAAUACAUGCAGUUUAUAGGAGGUUGUGAAGGACCAGGGUAACCACAGAGGUCAACUGAGAUAUAUUCUUAAGUAGAAUUAAAACUGUUAAGGAUUUAAACCCAGUUAUCUUUGUUACUAGACCCUGCAGAAAGAUUUAUGAAUUGCCAACAAUGAGGGAGCUUGGAUUUGGAAAAAAAUAAUUGAGUGCAUCCUUGGAAACAAACUUCUGUUUCCUGUUUUUGCCAGAGACAAGAGGACAAAUCUAGCUCUAUCUAUGUAUCUAUAUUUAUGAGGACUACUGCCUACUUGACUCUUUGGUCCACUCAUCCUUCUACAACCAACUCUUUCUUAACCCUGGACCUUUCCCCUGCCUUCACAAUGGAUGCAACAUUUGUCCUUGCACUCCCUCCUUCAACAUCAGCCAAGGAUGGAAACAGUCAUUUCAGGUGAGGCAACCGGUCACAUAUAUCUCCUCCAAUCUUGUCUACUGCAUUUGGUGUACCUGAUGUGGCUUCCUCUACAUUGGCGUGACCUAGAGUUGACUCAGCGACCGUAUCUGCAAUGUCCAUCCCGAGGUCCUAAUGUCCACAUUCCCAACUGUCAGGAUGAAGUCUACAGGAAGCUAGAGGACCAACACAUUAUAUUCUGCUGGGGCACAACUCAAUGGCAAGAAUGUUGAGUUUUCCAAUUUUCAGUACUAGACCUUGCAGAAAGAUUUUCGGAAUUGCCAACAAUGAGGGAGCCUGGUUUAGGAAAACCAAUUGAGUGCAUGCCUGGAAACAAACUUCUUCUACCCCUUGUUUUUGCCAGAGGCAAGAGGACAAAUCCAGAACCAAUAUGUGACAGCCUAGAUACAACUUACGGUACACACAGUAAAGCCUUUAAAAUUGGAAUGAAGCGAUGACGCAAAAGGAAAGUUCAGGAACAAAAAUCGAACAAGGUUCUCUUGCCUGUCACUGAAGACAAGUAAACAUAUUGCAGUACCAAUUCCCGAAGGUUUUGUGGGCUCAAGUUGAAAAAAAACUAGAGCGUGUCAUUUAGCACCUCACACCUCUUCAGUCGUAUAUGAUCGCUCCCCAAAAUACAUAUCCCUGAUUUUGAUACAACUUCCUUAAUACCUUGGCAUAACAAAAUUUCAUGGCUCUCAUGUUUUAAGAUGUUAUUGAUUUAGCAUACAUUGUUGUUUGCAGAAGGAUCUCAAGCUUCUUUUAGCCUUUGCUUGUAGAAGUAUCUCCUAACUUCACCCUUGGAAAGCCAGGCUCAAAUUUUUAAAACGUCCCUCAUGCCCAACCAGUGGGAUCAUCUUUAUUGCAACCACCCCCCCCAACUCAUGUACCCCAUCUGCACGCUCAUCCUUACAUUUUGAAAGCUUGAAUCGAACCACCUUUUAAUCAUUUUUAUUUCAAAGAAUACAACUUGAUUUGUACAAUCUUAAAUAGGUCCUGAUGUAGGGUUUUGACGUAAAACAUCAACAAUUCCUUUCCUCCCACAAAUGUUGCAUAUCCCUUCUGCAUACUGUUGCUUAAAUUUUAAUUAUUAAUACAGCUUGGUAAAUCAACAUAACACUCCUUCCAAGUCCCAUAGUGCGGUGCCCAGAAUAGCUAUUGUAAUAAAAUAAACAGCAUUGUGAUUGUCUUGUCUCCAAGUAUUCCACUAAUUUGGCAUAAACUAGAACAAGAAUAAGCAGCACUUUCUUCCUUUCGUGUUGGAGAAACUACAUACCAAGAAAACCUUCCCAUUCUUUUAAACCAGACCAUUCCCUUAAUCCAUUAAAAAAUGAUAUUCUCUUUCAAUUAUAUUUCUACUUUAAUUGUGUGACUCCCCAUUUCAUCCACAGGUUUACAUUAAAUGAAGCAUAUGAUGCUAUUGAAAGCAGAGCAGGUUCGUAUGAAGUUUAUUGCCAUUUAUUAUAUCUGUGUACAGUAUUUUCCAGUU